CGUUACCUCCCCUCCAACUACAAAAUAUAACCCAGUCGACAUACUAUUUCAUUAAACUCAAUAACGUUUAAACGGGUGAGCGUACAGAUCCGAAUGCACAUGAAACGAUGAAUCUGGUGUAUAAUGUCGUGUUCUUCUUAUCACUUGCCCUACAUGCCUCAGCUCAAGUUCCAUCGAAAUGUGGUGCGCCGCCGUCCUAUCCACACACGCAAAUCGAGGACAUGAAAAAGGGUAUAUCCAGCCAUGUACAAAAAGUCCUCUACAGAUGCGCCGAGGGCUACACUCAGAACAGUGGCAUUCGCUCUAUCAAGUGUCAAGCUGGAAAAUGGACACAGUUAACCAUGACGUGUGAAAAGAAGAACUGUGGAUCUGCUGGGGAGUUAUUCAAUGGAUACUUUCAAUAUAUGGGGUCUUUUUACGGGGACAAAGCAAAUGCAGUGUGCAAUGAGGGGUUUACACUGAAGGGGAUGGAAUACAGAAUAUGUAAGGACUCUGGCUGGAGUGGAGAGAUUCCCACGUGUGAAGAGGGAGGUGAACCACAAGUGCUUCCAGCAGAAGUGACCUGCCCUGCUCCUUCAGUGGCCAACAGUGUGAAGCUCAGUGAGACUGUCUCAGUGUACAGGGUCAGAGAUUCAGUGACCUUGGUCUGCUCCGAGGGCUUCCUCCUGACUGGAGCCCAGCAGCUCACCUGUGGACCAGACGGCCAGUGGCAGCCCGAGCUCCCACUUUGUCUGCCCUCUGUCGGAGAGAUCACUUGCAAUGCCCCCAAUGCAAAGAGGAAGAUGUUGAUCAAUGGGUUGAAGCAAGUUUAUAGAUCUGGAGAUUCUUUGUCCUUUUCCUGCAAGGACCUUUAUUAUUUGGAUGGAUCGAACACUGUCACAUGUGGGGUUGACGGAAAAUGGACUCCUUCUCUUCCACAGUGCACACAGAUUAAGUGCCCUAUAUUAAACAUAACAAAUGGUAGGCCAUCCAUCAAGCAAAGAAGAUUUGGAUCAGAUGUAACCAUUUCCUGCUUUAAAGGAAACCUGCUAAAAGGUGCUGCCCGCAUAAAAUGUUCAAGAUCUGGGGAAUGGAUGGAAAAGAUUCCACAAUGUGUGCCAGAGGGAGGUGAACCACAAGUGCUUCCAGCAGAAGUGACCUGCCCUGCUCCUUCAGUGGCCAACAGUGUGAAGCUCAGUGAGACUGUCUCAGUGUACAGGGUCAGAGAUUCAGUGACCUUGGUCUGCUCCGAGGGCUUCCUCCUGACUGGAGCCCAGCAGCUCACCUGUGGACCAGACGGCCAGUGGCAGCCCGAGCUCCCACUUUGUCUGCCCUCUGUCGGAGAGAUCACUUGCAAUGCCCCCAAUGCAAAGAGGAAGAUGUUGAUCAAUGGGUUGAAGCAAGUUUAUAGAUCUGGAGAUUCUUUGUCCUUUUCCUGCAAGGACCUUUAUUAUUUGGAUGGAUCGAACACUGUCACAUGUGGGGUUGACGGAAAAUGGACUCCUUCUCUUCCACAGUGCACACGCAGAUGUGGAGUGCCACCGUACCUCUCCAACGCACACCUUUCUGACUGCUGUAGAGCACAGGCAGAUUUUGGUCCUGGUCACCGGGUCAGGUACAGUUGUGCCUUGGGAUACAUGAGAGGAAGAGGCACUUACUAUAGUACCUGCGUCAGUGGGAGGUGGACGCCAGUAACUCUGAGAUGUGAACGCAAAUCAUGUGGCUCAGCUGGAGAAAUGUCUUUUGGUCAUUUCGUCUAUACCGGUGCACAGUUUGGAGAUACAGCCACAGGGGUUUGUAAUGAGGGGUAUCAGCUGGUUGGACAGAAUGUAAGAAAUUGCAUGAAUGAUGGCUGGGAUGGGCGUGUUCCUGUCUGUGAAGCGGUGCAGUGUGCUAAACUUCCUGAGGUGGUAAAUGGAGAGAUAAAUGGCCAUUUGGAACCACCUUACGUUUACAGCACUGUGAUUCACUAUCGGUGUCGCGUAGGGAAAUUGAUUGGAACGAGUGAGCUCUACUGUACCAAAGAUGGGACAUGGAGUGCGCCACCUCCAGAGUGCAAAGAUAUUAAAUGUCCCUAUCCCAAAGUACAAUAUGCCCAAAUGACAAGAGGAAUUAGAAUGCCACUUGAGUUUGGGGACUCUGUGACAUUUGUCUGCUUUAGGGGCAUGGUGAUGAAUGGACCAGGCACCGUCACAUGCAGCCUGGAUGGGACAUGGACUCCUGCCCUUCCCACAUGUCAAUAUCGGCGGUACUGAAGGUCUAAUACCAUUGAUCAUUAUACUGAAUGUCUUCAACUCAACCAUUUUACCAUAAAUUUUACCAUAAUAAUCAAACUCAAUGCAUUUUAUUAUAAUAAAUUAAUAUCCUAAUGACUGUUGUCUUUAAAUACCCCUUCUGUCUUCUGGAAUCAUGUUAUUGUGAAUUUUACAGCACUUUUGGUACAUAUACCCCUAUUUUAGGGGACCAAAAGUUUUGGGGAAAUAUUCACUUGUGUAUUAAAGUACUCAAAGUUAAUUAUUUGGUCCCAUAUUCAUAGCACACAAUGACUGCAUCAAACGUGUGACUCUACAAAUGUGUUAGAUGCAUUUGCUGUUUGCUUUGUUUGUUUCCGAUUAUUUUGUUUACAAUAAAAAUGUAUGUUAAAUUCUG